AUGUAUUCUGUAUAUCCGUGUAACACAAUACAGGUGAAACGCGAGCAGCAUCACAAAGCAAGGCAGCAGCAGGAGCAAGGUGAUCCCGAGGCGCCACAGUUAGAUGAACUCAUACCUGACAAACUAGCCCGGCCCCUACUGAUGCUGCAGAGCAUAAAGCGCGCGCACCGACUGGACGCGGCGCACCAUCACCUGCACGACUGCUUGCUCCGGUUCCAGGGCUGGCUGGACGACAACCUCGCCAGCCUCAACCCCGCCGUCGCCGCCGUUAUCACCAAGGAAAUUGAACCGAUGGUGCGCGGGCGCAGCACGGUGGAGAUGGCGGAACAGUUCGUGUCGCAGCCGGGCGCGGCGCGCUGCCAGGCGAGCGCGCUGAGCGCGGCGCGCGCGCUGCGCCGCCACCUGCCGCCGCGCGCGCUGCAGGCGCUGCAGCUCGCCACCUCGCUCGACUACCCCGACCUCUCCAUACAGGGUUGUGUAGACGUGUUAGACAGUCUACGAGACGGCGACUUCGGGCCGUGCGAGAAAGAGAUAGAGCAAUAUAUCGAAGCGUGUCGCAAGAAGUUCCCGUACGCCAUCGCGUUCAAGCCGGCGUCGGAGCUGAGCGAGCUGGCCGACGACCACGUGGCGGACGACGCCCCGCCUCAACCGAAAGAGAUCGCCGUCAACAACUGA